AUGAGCUUCGCCGCCACGGCCGCGACCCUUCGACGGGAGCUGCAGCAGCAGCGCGCGAGGCAGCUUUACCGCCGAUCGCUCAAGAACACGCUCAGCUGGGCGAUCUUUCGCGACAUCUACUACGACGAGGCCGACAAGCUCCGCGCGCUGUUCGAGGCGAACCGACAUGAGAGCGAUGCGGAUCGGAUCGACCGUCUGCUGGCAGCGGGAGAGGCGAAGCUGAAGGAGAACCAGCACCCCGACCCGUACCUCGUGCCAUAUGUGUAUGGCGGAUCCAAGUAUGCUCGCAACCCUCCCUUCCCGCAAGAGAUUAGCAUUGUGCAUGGAUUCGGCAAGGAGGAGCAUUAG